AUGGUCGGCGCAAAGCGAAACACUCCUAAGCGAGCUGCUGCCGCGGGUGAGGCGGGUCAGGCCCGCAUCUCUUCGUUCUUUGGCAAGUCACCGGCACGGACAGCGUCCCCGACCAAGGCGGCGGCUUCGCCAUCGACCCGGACGACAAAGAAGCUGAAGCAGGGAAAUAGCAAGCACAACCUUGUCUUCCUGGGUGUAAGCGACGACGAGUCAGACAGCGAGGACGAGAACGAAAACACCUCGAGUGCGGACGAGUUCAAACCUGAAAACCAUGCCUCAACCGACGACGACGAUGGCGACAACGGCCACGACAACGACGACGACGACGAUGACGCGGGUGCAAGCGUCGAGCGCUCGCAGUCGCCUUCAAGCAGCAUGCCAGAGACUCCUGCUGACGAAGACCCCGCCGUCGUCGGAUACCACUACGGCACAAACCCCUUCGUCAUGAUCGGUGGCGGGAACAAGACGCCCUUGCGACCUAUCUCCAACCUGCCCAGCUCAUCCUCGCAGCGCUCCCUCCGCUCCAACGGUCCGCCAUCCACCCAAAAGCGCCUCUUUUCGCUCUUUGAAAAGCCAAGCGCAAGGCCAAAACGCACCGCAGACGAGCUCGACGAUCUGGACGCUUCCUUCCUCGACGACGACGACGACGACGACGACGAUGCCAAGCCUCGCAAGCGCACCGGCGCUGCUGCCAGACGCACGGGCGCAGCGGUUCCCUCCUUCUCCAGCGGUAAAGGAUGGAAGUCGAGCUUCGCCCUAAAGCAACCCUUCCGCAAGAUGCCCUUUGUCCCUUCGCCCGCCGAGAUCGCACAGCUCCGCGAAACGAUGAAGGAAAAGGCGGCCGAGAACCUCUAUCCGCCCAUCCACGACCUAGCGGACAUCUUUGGCGACAUGGUCAAACGCGCUCCCGCCAUCCUCGAACUCGCACAGACGCUCGACGGCAGGCCCCUCCGCGUCGCCACCAUGUGCAGCGGCACCGAAUCGCCCCUCCUCGCUCUCGAACUCAUGUGCCGCGCCAUCCACGAACAGCACGGCAUCCGCAUCAACGUACACCACGUCUUCUCCUGCGAGAUCGAGCCUUUCAAACAAGCGUACAUCGAACGCAACUUUUCCCCACCCAUCCUCUUCCGCGACGUCACCGAACUCGGCGGCGAAAAAGCGCAUACCGCCUACGGUGCACUCGUAGACGUGCCCGGCGACGUGGACAUCCUCAUCGCAGGCACGUCCUGCGUCGACUACUCGCACCUCAACAACAGCAAAAAGGGUCUCAACGACGGCGGCGAGAGUGGGCGCACCUUCCGCGGCAUGCUCGAGUGGGUCAUGCGCCACAAACCGACCCUCGUCGUGCUCGAAAACGUCAAAAACGCACCCUGGGUCGGCGUCGCAGAGACCAUCGUCGCCGAGGCAGGCUACGACGUCGGAUUCAGCAACACCUUUGACACCAAGAACUACUACAUCCCACACACGCGCCAGCGAGGAUACCUGCUGGCCACCCGCAACAACCGCGACUCGCUGCCGCAGAACUGGGAUCUCAUCACCAAUGUCCUCAUGCGGCCUGCGUCCAGUCCGCUCGAUGCCUUCCUGCUGUCCACAGACGAUCCGCGUAUCCAGCGUGUGCGUCGCCAAUUUGCCCACGGCGAAGGCCUCAGCAAGGGCAGGUCCACCAUCGACUGGUCCAAGUGCCAGAGCCGCCACGAGCGCGCGCGCGACGAGGAGGAGCUCGGCAAGACGCGGCCACUCACAGCCUGGGAGGAGGGUGGCACCUGCAAGAUGUCGCACGACGGGUGGAACGAGUGGGCGGUGCGGCAGCCAGAGCGUGUCACCGACCUGCUCGACAUCACCACUCUCCGCUUCGCCGCCAUGGGCCAGGACCCCAUCUACAAGUCCAAGAUCUGGGAGCUCUCGCAGAACGUAGACCGAAACGUCGCCGCGUCCAGACCAGGCAUCGCGCCGUGCCUCACGCCGUCGGGCAUUCCUUUCCUCACCUCGCGCGGAGGCCCGCUUAUCGGCCUCGAGGCGCUCUCGCUCCAGGGUCUGCCGCUCGACGAGCUCCUGCUUACGAGGGAGACGGAUGAUCAGCUCCAGGAUCUCGCGGGCAACGCCAUGAGCUCCACCGUCGUCGGCGCAUGCGUGCUCGCCGCACUCCUCGUCGGCAUGAAGGAUCUCAAGGAGGACGGCGAAAAGCGCAAGGCCGCACUCGCAUCCACCUCGACCAAGGAGAAGCGCCAGGACAAGCUCAAGGACGCCAGCCAAGUCGUUGAGAAGGUGGUCGACGAACGCGAAUCCGCCAUUGCACACGCCGACCUCUUGGCGCCCCAGCCGCUCGAUCUCACGUCCAGCACCCUCGUCUCCAUGCCCGAGCUGCUCGGCGCCGCAGUCAACACCGCACAGCUGUGCAACUGCGAAGGCAGGAGCCGCGUCGUCGACGUCCCCGUCUACCGAUGCACCGACUGCGACCACACCGCCUGCGAGACGUGCAAGGGUCGCCCCGUACACAAGUUCGUCUUGGAUACCUUGGUGCGUUCGUCGCCCGACGACUUUGCGCCCAUGCUCAAGGCGGCCCUGCCAAUGCGGCUCGAGGCGAGCGGCCUCACUCGUCAGAUCUGCUCGUCGCUCAUGCAGGGGCUGCAGUUCCAGGACGAUGCUGUGGCCAAACGCUGGUGCAAGCGUGUGGUCGAUGUGCUCGAGACCGCCGAGUUCCGCUUCCAGUCGCUGCUGCGUCAGAAGGUGUGGCAGGCGCAGUUCUCGGCCCCGGGCGCGCGCCUCGACCUCCUCCUCGACCCCGUAGAGCCGCAUUGGCGCAUCCUCGUCGAGCCGGACGUCGACGAGCCUGCGGGCAGUCCGCUGCGCAAGCUGCUCAUCCAGCCCGUGGCGCGCAUGCCGCUCGAUCGCACCGCUGAGCACGUGGACCUCUUGCAUGGGCAGUGGGAGCUGUGCGUGCCCUCGGCGCAUGUGGCAACGGCGACCAUCCGCAGCACGGGUAAGCAGGUGCCCACGUGGCAAAGCGCCAUGGGCCUCGGCGGGAAGUUUGCAGACAAGCUGCGGUACUCGGAAAUGCACGUCAGCGUGCCAGACAGCGUGCGCGAGCUGCUGGACGCCGGUAUCGAUGGCGCCUACGACUUGCUCGAACAGUGCGGCACGGCUUGCGGCGCCCUGCAUGUGCGUCGAGGCGAGCAAAAGGAGGCGGCUCGCCGAAGGCUGUUCCUCUUCAUCGACACGGACCGGUUCCAGGACCAGGCGGCAGAUCGCUUCGUCUUUUCCACUGACACCUCGCGCUGGCCGUAUCCGCUCGAGCGCGUGUCCGUGGCGCAGCUCGAGCCGGGCUGGAGGCCGAAGCUGGCGCACGCGGACCAGGAGGACGUCGAGGAAGAGGUUAAGCUCACCAUCGCAGGCACGUGGCGCAAGGUGGAUGCAUUCAACGUGCGGGCGGGCAAGGGCGUCGACGGUACGAUGGCCAUCCCCGAAACGACGUACGACUUGGAUCUGCGCAGCGAGGAUUGCACGUCUUCGGUCGCCGUGCUCACGUGCGAAGCUCCCGUCAAGGACCGCGGCAUGGACCGCAUCUGGCCCGCGGACGGCGUGUGGGGCCAGGUGGACCUGCUGCACAAGACCAACACCACGUUCGGUCAUCUCGCCUGGCUCGUCGAGCGGCUGCCGGACAUCGACGCCUUUGACACGUGGAUGUCCGCCAAACACGAUUCGUUCGACUGUGCCACGGCCAAUUGUGCGCGGUGUGCGCCGUCCGAGCCGGACAUCCAGUGGCUGGCAGUCCCGGGAAAGCCCGUGGUGCCCGUCGAGAAUACGAUGCAAGCCGGACCGUACGAGCAGGCGCUCAAGAACAGGCCGUCGCCGUUUGUCGUGCAGCUGCGCCUCGACGAUGGGCGUGCACAGGUGCGUUUCGGCCUCAACGCCGCCACGCUCAUGCACCGCGCCGUGUCGCGCCUGCCGCCGUCCAAGGGCGCAGGCACCGUCGAGCUCUCGUGGAGACUCACCAAGCUCGACCGCGCCAUCGACAUGUUCAAGCUGCCGUCGUACACGCUGCGCAGCAAUAGGCAGGACGCCGAGGCGCCGACGCCCGAGCUGUUCCGCGUCGAGCUGAGGCGCGAGCAAAAGAGGUCGCUCACGUGGAUGCUCGAGCAGGAGCAGGCGGAUGUCGAGCCGUUCUGCGAAGAGGAGAUCGCCGAAGGCUUGCUCGAGCCGCUCGGAUGGCGCGCCGAGGGCAGGGCGGUGCGCAACAUGACCGUGAGAGGAGGUGUGCUUGCCGAUGCGGUCGGAUACGGCAAGACGUGCAUCUCGCUGGCGCUGAUCGCGUCGUCGCCGCACCGGCGCGAUUUGCCGGCGCUGCCGGCGGGCGAGGAGGGCAGCUACGUGCCGACGCGCGCGACGCUCAUCAUUGUGCCCGGCCACCUGUGCAAGCAGUGGGAGAAGGAGGUGCGCAAGUUCUGCGGCUCCAAGCUCAGCGUGUGCGUGGUGACGUCCAAGGCGGAGCUCAACAAGCUUACGGUGCGCACCGUGCUCAACUGCGACAUCCUCAUCAUGUCCGUCACCGUGUACAAGUCGGACGCGUACUGGGAGACGUUGGCGCACAUCGCCGCCGCCAACCCGCUGCCCAAUCGCGCGGGACGCUUCUUCAAUGCCGCGCUGAAAAAGUCGCUUGAGGCGUUGAAGAACCGCGUACGCGAGCUGACGGGGCACGAGGAAGAGGGAGAGGGGAUCCGCAAGCUCGUGCGGUCGAUCAAGAACAGGGUCGACUUUGACGACUCGCAUCUGACGACGCACAAGGCGCGCAGCCGAUUGAAGGGCAAGGCGUACAUGGACGCCAAGGCGGCCGACGACGGCGAGGACGACGACGACGAUGUGGUCGUCGUGGGUGCCAAGAAGGGCGUCAAGGGCAAGGCGCUACCCAAGGAGCUGCAGACGUCAGGCAAAAAGGACCCGGAUCCGUGGGGCCUGACGACGUCGUUAGUGCAGCGCGACUGGCACAACAUGAAGUGCCCGCCGCUGGAGAUGUUUAUGUGGAACCGCGUGAUCGUGGACGAGUUCCACUACAUUGGCGAGACCAUGGACCGCACGCUGGCGGGCGUGACGAGUCUGCAGGCGCGCUCCAAGUGGAUCCUGUCCGGUACGCCGCCCACGGCGGACUUUGCCGACGUCAAGAGCAUCGCCGUCUUCCUCAACGUGCAUCUGGGCGUCGACGACGAUGCCGACACCACCAAGGACUCGGUGCGCAAGGCGCGCGAAAAGAUGCGCACCGCCGCGGAAAAGUUCAACAACUUUUGCGAGAUGCACUCGCCCGCCUGGCAUCAUCGCCGCCAGCAGGUGGCGCAGCGAUUCCUCGACAGGUUUGUGCGCAGCAACGAGCCCGAGAUCGGAGAGCUCCCGUGCGCGCAUCUCAUCAAGCCGAUUCGUCUGCCCGCCGCAGAGUCGGCGCUGUACCUCGAGCUUGCGCACGCCAUCGAGAAUCUCGACCUGCGCCACCAGCGCAAGGUGUUCAAGGCGCGCCCCAAGACCAAGGCCAAGGUCGCCGCCAAAGGCAAGGCUGGUGACGAUUUCAUCGUUGAUCUCGACUCGGACGACUCGGAUGGCGGCAAGAAGAAGAAGAAGGCCGCCGCACCGGCGAAGCGCAAGGAGGGCGAGCCGCAGCUGGAGAUGUCGCACCGUGACCAGCGGCUCAUCGACACGCUCGGCAGCUCGGCGUCGCCCGAGGAGGCGCUGCUGAAGCGCGCAUCGGUGUACGACGACUUUGCCGGCGUCGACCUGGACGCGAUGGAGGGCGUCAACAACGCGAUCAAGGCGUGCGAGUACAUUGUGCGCGAGCGCCGCAAGCAGCUCGCCGACUGCCGCGAGCAGCUCAAGCGCGAGCUGCCCGUGGCGCUCGAACAGCAUCUGCUCGUGCUGCACCAUUUUGGCUACCGCGACGAGAACCGACAGGCGUUUGCGGACUUUGUGCGCAAUGCGCACAAUGCGGCGUGGGGCGACCGCGAGUCGAAGCAGAUGGUGCGCGAGCUGCUCGAUGCGGCCAACUGCACCCAGGCCUCCGUGAGCAGGGCGGCGGCCAAGGCGCACUUUGCCGCGCCGGGCGUGCUGCAGGCUGCACUCAAGCGGCGGGCCAAGGAGCGUGCCGCUGCUGAAAAGGGCAGUGGUGGCGGAGGGGACGACGAGGGCAAGAAGGCCAAGGUGGAUGCCAAGGCGGCGGCGUGGGCCGAGGAGUACCAUCUGCGCGCGCUGGUGCAUCAGCUGACGCGACUGCGCAACGAGCUGGUGGGCCGCGUGAACGCGCUGCGCUUCUUCAGCAUGAUCCGCGACUGCCAGCGUGCGCACCUGGAGGGCGUGCAUGUCGAAGUGGUCUGUCCGGCGGCCAAGUGCGCACAUGCAGGUGCGUCGUUGCCGCUGGACGAGGUGAGCAUCAGCUCGACGUGCGGCCACACGGGCUGCAGCACCUGCGUGCUGCGCGAGGCGUACAUUGGCAAGUGCACCACCGACGGCUGCGCAGCGCUUGCCAAGCCCACCUCGAUCGUGCAUGCGUCGUCGCUCGGUGCCGAGGACGAUGGCAAGGCCACACGAUACGGCACAAAGCUCGCGCUGCUCGGCGCAUUGUUGCGCCGCCUUCCUGCGGACGAACGUGCGCUGGUGUUCUGCCAGUUCGAAACGCUCACCGCCACGGUAGCCGAAGCACUCUCCGCCUACGGCAUCUCCUUCGUCCAGCUCACCGGCACAGCUCGAAAGCGGUCGGAGUUGCUCGAGGCGUAUCAGCAAGAAACGGGCGCACGGGUGCUGCUGCUCAACGUCGAGGACGAAUCGGCGGCAGGCUCGAACCUAACGGUGGCGAACCAUGUGGUGUUCGUGGGACCGCUGUUGAAGCAGGAGCAGCAGCAGUACGACGCUACCAUGACGCAGGCGAUCGGUCGCUGUGUGCGGUACGGCCAGCUGAAGAAGGUGCACGUCUGGAGGCUGGUGUCGAUGCAGACGAUCGAUCAGGAUACAUUGGAGAGGCGGGAACGCAAGCAGAUCGUCCAGCGUGCCGACGUGGAUGGAAACGAGGCAGAGGAUACGCUCGUGGUCGAGGAGCUAGAGCAGCAGUUCGCGGAUGCACUCGGCGGGCCGCUGGUGAUUCAGGACGUGGCAGCGGGGGUGGGCAAGAGGAAGAGGGAGGAGGAGACGGUGGGCAGGCGCAAACGCCCGGCGAAGCGCGUCGUCGAUAGCGAUGACGAUGACGACGACGAAGAGUAA